AACUAUAUACAAUGCUUCACAAAUACAGACAGAUUGCCUUUGGGUAAAUUCUAGACUAUUCAGCUCAUGAUAAAACCACAUGGUCAUGUAGAAGAUGUUCAUUGAAUAGGGAAGUUCUAAGAAUGCAGAUAAGGGGACUUUAAAUGGCUCCUCUGUCUUUGAAAUUGACUCAUCCGAGCACAACGAGUUCCUUGGCUUUUGAUCAGAGCAGAAUCCACAACUAAUGAACCCACAUACCUCUCUUUGUAUUCCAGUGUGCCCACUACUGUGAUGGGAUGAUCAUAUCCUCCACGUUUGUUAUGUAUACCCUUUAUGGCCCAUAUCCAUCAUCCAAUGAAGACUGUGCUUUUUGGGCAUCAUUAAAUGCACUUUCUGGUCUUUGCAUUUUUACUCUACUAUUUCAACAGUAUCAAGUUCUCCACAUCGCUUAGCAACUGAGUACUCAUGCAUCUGGAAUGGAGAACAAAACCAAUGGAUCACUGGAAGCCAAGCCUAAGGUGGAGAAUGGACAGCUGCCGGAUCCUGCUGACUGGGCGGUUACUGAUGUCGUUAACUAUUUCAAAGCUGCAGGAUUUGAAGAGCAGGCUACUGCUUUCCAGGACCAGGAAAUCGAUGGAAAGUCUCUGCUUCUGAUGACGCGGAACGAUGUCCUGACAGGCCUGUCCAUCAAACUGGGGCCAGCACUGAAGAUCUACGAGUACCAUGUGAAGCCACUCCAGACCCAGCAUCUGAAGAGUAAUGCUAAUGCAUCAUAGCAUCACCCCAUGCUCUUCCAUGUGCAACAGGACAGUCAUCUAUGGAGGAGGGUUGAGAGGCUGGACGGACAGACCAGGCCGAAGACGUUUAUGGACAGCAGAAGAUGGUGCUUAGAAAACUUAUUUGCAUCCUUAUGCAAAGUCAAUGUUCUUUUACUUGAAGUGAUGACCGAUGCCAAAUGGUUUACGCCGUGAAAUUAAUUUACAAAAGCAUGGCAGUGAUCAUACGGUUUUUAGUUAACUGAGUGAUAUUGGUUUAUGAAAGUAAGGACUUGAUUCCUUUAUUUGAAUACAAUUAUUUUACAGGUCUUAAAGUACACUGUAAAUUUUUUUCUUUUUCUAAGAGUUAGUUUCAAAAUAUUCUAAUCAAGCAUGCUACUGAAGCGGAUUCAACCGAAUUCGUUAAUUUAGGGGACAGUCCUUUUCAGAUGGACUCAAAGGUGCACUAGAUGUCUGACCUGCUGAUAAAUGUCCUAACCUUGUCUUGAUAUUUUCAUUAUAUACAAACUUUUGAACACGGUUUUGAUUUCAGAAAAAAUUGCAUGGUAAUUAGUUGGAGGAAAUGUGUUUGAACCCUAGUCUUAGAAUUACUGUUCCUCCAUCACUGUGAAUUUUUUCCCUAAUGAGCCACUAUGAAUAUUAGAUGAUCAAAUCAGUAUCUUUAAGCAUCAUGUACAUCAAUGAUCUAUUUAAAGUGAUGCUCUGGGAACUUUGUAUAAUUUCAGCCUGUAGUUUUGAAAGUGGUGCUUACAAGCCAAAACGGGUCCCCGUUUUGUGUACUAUGUUACGAAUUUGUGCUUAAGAUCCCAGACUGCAUAUUUAAGCACUUGGGGGUGGGGAAUAUAGGUUAAUAAGUGUUCUUUGAUUUCCUUAUUCACCAUAUUCUUUCAUCUUAAAAGGGUGGCUUUUUUAUUGUUUUAGAUAUUUUUAUCAAAAGUUGUAGUCUUUCCCUUUUGUAUUGUUAAGGUGCUCUGUUUGCAUUCUGUUAUGAAAUAAACUACUUGCAUCUUUAAUGAUUUGAGA